GUGAUGCAGCACCCACACGAGGGCGCCCUGGCCCUGGGCCUGCACAGCAACGUGAAGGACGUCUCCGUGCCCGUGGCGGAAAUAAAGAUCUACUCGCUGUCCAGCCAGCCCAUCGACCACGAGGGGAUCAAGUCCAAGCUGUCGGACCGCUCCCCGGACAUCGACAACUACUCCGAGGAAGAGGAAGAGAGCUUCUCCUCCGAGCAGGAAGGCAGCGAUGACCCCCUGCACGGGCAGGACCUGUUCUACGAAGAUGAGGACCUGCGGAAAGUGAAGAAGGCCCGGAGGAAGCUGACCUCGGCCUCGGCCAUCACGCGGCAACCCAACAUCAAGCAGAAGUUCGUGGCCCUCCUGAAGCGGUUUAAAGUUUCUGAUGAGGUGGGCUUUGGGCUGGAGCACGUGUCCAGGGAGCAGAUCCGAGAGGUGGAGGAGGACUUGGACGAGCUCUACGACAGCCUGGAGAUGUACAACCCCAGCGACAGCGGCCCAGAGAUGGAGGAGACCGAGAGCAUCCUCAGCACCCCGAAGCCCAAGCUCAAGCCCUUCUUCGAGGGGAUGUCGCAGUCCAGCUCGCAGACGGAGAUCGGCAGCCUCAACAGCAAGAGCAGCCUGGGGAAGGACACCACCAGCCCUAUGGAGUUGGCUGCUCUAGAAAAAGUCAAAUCUACUUGGAUUAAAAACCAAGAUGACAGCUUGACUGAGACAGACACUCUGGAGAUCACUGACCAGGACAUGUUCGGAGACGUGAGCACGAGUCUGGUGGUGCCAGAGAAAGUCAAAACGCCCCUGAAGUCCAGCAAGACGGACCUGCAGGGCUCCGCCUCCCCCAGCAAAGUGGAAGGCGCGCACACGCCCCGGCAGAAGAGGAGCACGCCCCUGAAGGAGCGACAGCUCUCCAAGCCCCUGAGCGAGAGGACCAACAGCUCCGACAGCGAGCGCUCGCCGGACCUGGGCCACAGCACGCAGGUCCCGAGGAAGGUGGUGUAUGACCAGCUGAACCAGAUCCUGGUGUCCGACGCAGCGCUGCCGGAGAACGUCAUCCUGGUGAACACCACCGACUGGCAGGGCCAGUACGUGGCCGAGCUGCUGCAGGAUCAGCGGAAGCCUGUCGUGUGCACCUGCUCCACCGUGGAGGUCCAGGCCGUGCUGUCCGCCCUGCUCACCCGCAUCCAGCGCUACUGCAACUGCAACUCCUCCAUGCCGCGGCCGGUCAAGGUGGCAGCCGUGGGCGGCCAGAGCUACCUGAGCGCCAUUCUCCGCUUCUUCGUCAAGUCCCUGGCCAGCAAGACCUCCGACUGGCUGGGCUACAUGCGCUUCCUCAUCAUUCCCCUUGGUUCUCACCCUGUGGCAAAGUACUUGGGCUCCGUGGACAGUAGAUACGGCAGUGCCUUCCUCGACUCUGGCUGGAGAGACCUGUUCAGUCGCUCAGAGCCCCCGGUCUCAGAGCAACUGGACGUGGUGGGGCGCGUGAUGCAGUACGUGAACGGGGCAGCGGCGACGCACCACCUGCCCGUGGCCGAGGCCAUGCUGACCUGCAGGCACAAGUUCCCCGACGAGGACUCCUACCAGAAGUUCAUUCCCUUCAUUGGCGUGGUGAAGGUGGGUCUGGUGGAGGACUCUCCCUCCACUGCCGGUGACGGGGACGAUUCACCCGUGGUCAGCCUUACCGUGCCCUCCACGUCACCACCCUCCAGCUCGGGCCUGAGCCGAGACGCCACGGCCACGCCCCCGUCCUCCCCGUCCAUGAGCAGCGCCCUGGCUGUCCUGGGGAGCCCCAGCAGCCCGUACGGGGACGUGAUUGGCCUCCAGGUGGACUACUGGCUGGGCCACCCCGGGGAGCGCAGGCGGGAGGGCGACAAGAGGGACGCCAGCUCCAAGAACACCCUCAAGAGCGUCUUCCGCUCGGUGCAGGUCUCCCGCCUGCCCCACGGCGGGGAGGCCCAGCUCUCUGGCACCAUGGCAAUGACCGUGGUCACCAAGGAGAAGAACAAGAAAGUCCCCACCAUCUUCCUGAGCAAGAAGCCGCGGGAGAAGGAGGUGGACGCCAAGAGCCAGGUCAUUGAGGGCAUCAGCCGGCUCAUCUGCUCCGCCAAGCAGCAGCAGACCGUGCUGAGAGUGUCCAUCGACGGAGUGGAGUGGAGUGACAUCAAGUUCUUCCAGCUGGCGGCCCAGUGGCCCACUCACGUCAAGCACUUCCCAGUGGGGCUCUUCAGUGGCAGCAAGGCCGCCUGAGGCCUGCGUCCUGGCCACUCUCCCUCUGGCACUGCCACUCGAGACGCUGCCUCCCCCUCCACUGCCCAGCCUGCCCUCGGCCGCGCCUCCUCGCCUCUCCCUCCCCCCUAUCUCCUCCCCCCUGCUCCAGGCCCCAGGCAGGUGGGUUUUGCCUCCUGGUGCCCGUGGUCCCUGGCGUCAGGUCCUCUAGGCCGUCCUUCCCAGGACUUGCCACUCUCCCCGCUGUGGCACCAGCGCCCGUCCUGGAAGCAGUAAACCUGGAACUCUGGUCCACAGUGGAGAGCCCACCCCCCAUCCCCCACCACCACUGCCAGGAUCUGGUUUCCCGUGGCCACUGUGGCCUGGCUGCACCUGCGCCUGCAGGACCCCCCCGCGCUCACAGGGGCAGGAAGCACUGCCUGCAGCCGGGGGCAUGGGUCUGGGGUGGGGGCCUGCCCGGUGCCCCCAUGCAUGACUUCCCAGCAUCCCCUGCCCCUGUGGGUGCCACGAGUCCUGAGCGUUUCUUCGGUUCUCUGCACGGCCGAGCCUGGGGGUCGUUCCGUGGGGCCACCCCGUGCACCGGCUGUGGCCGCUUCCUUCCUCUGCCCCCUCCCCCCCAGCACAGCUCUGCCUGGAUCAGAGAUGGAGGUGGACCCCUACCAGCACGUGCCCUGCCAGCUGCCCGGCCCCCUGCCCUGCCCCCCACCCCCGUCUCCCUCCAGCAGGCUCCUUCCCUCCCUUUGGCCACAGACCAGGGUCGCAGCCCCUCCCCGGCCUCCGGAGAGGCCAAGGACACGGGCCAGAUCCCGGCCCGGCCCCGUGGCUGUGGGCCUCCAGGGCUCCCCGUUGCCCCUCGCCCCUCCUAGAACUAGGUUUUUGAAAGUGCUCUCCUCGUCCUCACCUCCCCCGGCGCCUCCACCUCCUCCGCGGCUCAGCCCUGCCGGGCAUCUCUGGGCAAGAGGAGGGGUGCGGGAGAUGGGGUUGAAGCUGGGGUUUUCAUUCAAUAAACUGGUGAUUUCUUAGCA